CUCGUGGUGCAUCUCAUCGAGACGUUGAGAAUCCCUCCCCAAAAGCUGAGACUUGGGUUGGGUAUCCAGACAACCACACCAGUAAAGCACAGCUCGGUAGUAUAGUAGAUGAACAGAAGAAGAAGAUUAUAGUACGAGAGCCAUGGGCCGCAAAGGCAAAGGGAGUAGCAAAAAGGGCGGCAAGCAGAGAAAGAGCCACGACGAUAGUACCGACAGUACCGGUCCGUCGGAUCCUCCUUCCCGCAAUAAGCGCCAUAAGAACAAACAGAAGGAACCAACGACGAGUGAGGACGAUGAAUUCCGGGCAUCUCUCCAAGCCAGUGGUCAAUAUUCCAUUUUGGAAAUUGACGCCGAUGGGAAUUGUCUAUUUCGAUCUCUGUCCGACCAGUUAUUUCACGAUUUGGGCAAACGUUACUAUCAAGAUGUCCGUCACGCCGUGUGCGAUUUUAUUGAACACCAUAAAGACGAUUUUAGUGUGUUUUUGGUAUUGGACGACGACGAUUGCAAAGACGAAGAAGACGCGGAAGAUUUUGAAAGUUACGUGGAACAAAUGCGACAAGACGGAGAAUGGGGUGGCAAUUUGGAGUUGGUCGCGGCCGCCCGGUUGUAUCGCCGCAAUAUUACCGUCUUUUCCGGACAGCAUUCCAUGAAUAUUCCACAUGGACUUACUGACACUAGCGACAAUGAAGGAGAAGAUUUAUUGCUCAGUUACCACGACAAUGAUCAUUACAGUUCCGUACACGAUCUCACCAAACGACACAAAAUAGCACCAUUGGCACCACCGGCCCAUUCGCUGAGUAAUGAAGCAGCCCCUCGAAAACGAAAGAGUGGCAAAAAAGCCAACAAUAAAAAAGAACCACCUGAAGAAAAAAAGGAAAUGGACGAACAACGACCGCCUCCACUGGAACCGGAAGGAAAGAGGGCGGACGAUGACGGCAGUGUAAUAGCAGCGGCAACACCACCAUCAAGCAAACCAACUCGCAAAAAUGCGACGUGUCCCUGUGGCAGUGGCAAGAAAUACAAAAAAUGCUGUUGGGCACAAGAACGUCACAAACAAAGAAUACAAAAGAAUAAACGACAACAAGAAGACGAACAAGAAGAAGAAGAAGAGGUGGAAGUGGUGCACGAAAUGAAUGGAAACUUUCGAGUGCUGCACAUUUGAUUUUUAGCAGAAGCAAUCAAGCUUGGCAAGGCAAGGCAGUCCACCACACACACAACAAUACUACUGUACUACAAUCUUUAUAGCUAAUAGGAACCAACUGGCUGGACGGCAGAAUC